CCUCCUCGGGUCACCCACGCUUCUCACUCACCUCUCCAACAGCCAGUCUUGACACUCACUGCCGCGUCUCACACACACACACACACACACACACAGCUCUGCUCUGCUCUGCGCCUCCCGCUCCAUCUGCGCCCCGCUCUUCUCUCUCUGCGCCGUCGCCCGCCCCUCGCCUCCGCCCAGCAUGGCCGCCGCCAUGGCUCGCGCCGGGCCGUCGUCGCGCACCCUCGCACCCAGCACGGCCGCAGCUGCCGCCUACCGCGCCGCGCCGGCCGCUCCCUCUGCUGCGGCUCCCUCGCUCCUCGGCGCCGUGCCUGCCGCCAAGAAGAAGCCCGCGGCGACGGCGACGGCGGCGACGGGCAGCGCGCCGUCGCCGACGAAGAAGCGCGCGGCGAGAAGUGGCAAGCCCGUUAUGCCGACGUGCCCGCCCGUGGUGCUCGAUGAGAACAGGACGGAGUGGGUGCCCAAGGCUGUGCUGGGACAGGGAGGCUUUGCGCGCGUCUUUCACAUGCUGGGUCCCAAUGGCGAAGAGAAGGCGUUCAAGUGCAUCAACAAGGACGCCGUCAAGGACAGCAAGUCGACACGGGCCAAGCUGCUGGCCGAGAUCAUGAUCCACAAGUCGAUGAACCACCCCAACAUCGUCGGCUUCGAAGAGGCAUUUGAGGACGAGGCCAACGUGUAUUUCCGGCUGGAGCUGUGCUCGGGCGGGAGCAUGAAUGACAUUCUGAAGCGACGCGGCGCCUACUCGGAGCCCGAGACGCGCUUCUUCAUGAUCCAGAUUCUCGCCGGCUGCCAGAACAUGCACAUCAACAGCGUCAUCCACCGCGACCUCAAGCUCGGCAACAUCUUUCUCGACUCGGGCAUGAACGUCAAGAUUGGCGACUUUGGCCUCGCCGCGCUGCUCAAGUUCAGAGAGGAGCGCAAGAAGACAAAGUGUGGCACGCCAAACUACAUCGCACCCGAGGUCAUCGAGGACCCGAACCACGAGGGCCACAGCUUCGAGGUCGAUGUGUGGUCCGUCGGUGUGAUCCUCUACACGCUCCUCGUCGGCUCGACGCCGUUCCAGAUGAAGGAGGUGGACCUGAUCUACGAGAAGAUCAAGACGAACAAGUACUCCAUUCCCGACUCGGCGCGCAUCUCGCAGGAGGGCCGCGAGCUCAUCAAGAAGAUCCUGGCGCACAAUCCCGCCGAACGCCCGACACUCAUCGAGAUCAUGAACGACCCCUGGUUCACGUGCGGGCCGGUGCCGCCCUACGUGCCAGCCUCGGCGACGGCCGGCACGCCGCACGACAUGCCGCUCUCGCGGCACCGCGAGGACUGGGUGCGCAACUUUGAGACGAUCAAGCGCGCCUCUGGCUUCCGCGACGAUGCCGACGACGAGGCGGAGGAGGAGGAGGGCGGUGCGGUGCGGCGCAGCGCCAGAGAGGAGAGGCGCGAGCAGGAGAAGGUGGAGGAGGAGAGAGAGAGGUUGAACAAGGAGGUCAAGAAGGCCGUGCAGCCUGGCAGUCCGAUUUCGGCACUGCUGCGCACGGCAAGACAACCUCUGCUCAAGGCGGCGGCACAAGGAGGCGCCUCGGGACAGCGAGGUGCGCAGCCUGCCACGGCGUCUUCGACAACAAGUCUGGCGCGCCAGCUCAGCGCACUCAACAUUGGCCGGCAACAGGCGGCGGCGGCCGCGCACGGCGGCGGCAAGCUGCCAGUGAGCGACAGCGGACGGGGCGCCGAUGCCUUUGGCGACAAGGAGAAUGCUGGACGACGCGAGAUGGCGCCUCCCAUGGCGCCGCGGUCGCGCAGCAACACGCUCGGCACGCAGCAGCAAGCAGACUCGGCCGCGCUCGGCGCCGACGAGCGGCGCGUGCUGGGACAGAAGGCUCGUCUUGUGGCCGGGAUGACUGCCACGGCCGGCAGUGCCGUCAGCCUCGCCAGCAGCGCCGAGUCUGUGCGGCGCAGCGACGACGUGCAGCUUCGCCGCCGUGCCGAGCUUUCGCCUUUCGACCUGAUGCUCCACAAUGUCAGCACGGCAUUGCGAUGCCUCGACCAGGACGAGGCAUUCGUGCCAUGCGACGCUGAGGGCAACGAGAUUGAGGUGCCAGUGUUUGAGGCAGAUGAGCCCGAGGGAGUGCGUCGGCCGGCCAACCCGUCGACCUUCAUCAUUUGCUGGCUCGACUACCAGGAGAAGUUUGGCCUUGGCUAUGCGCUGUCCGACGGCACGGUGGGCGCGCUCUUCCGCGACUCGUCGACGAUGGUGUACAACUACGCGCGCUCGCACGUCGACUACAUCUAUGCGGCAAAGACACGCUCGGGACGCGCCGAACUCAAGAAGGACUCGCGGCCGAUCAUGUCUGCCGACGAGAUUGUGCAGCCGGGCGGCGAUCGCGAGGCGAAGCAGCGCUUCAAGAUCAUGGCGCACUUCGAGUCGCACAUCACCGAGCGCCUCAUGGGUGCCGACCAUCCUCUGCUGCGUCCGGACCGCGAGACUACGUCAGGCAUGACGUUUGUGCACAAGUGGAACCGCUUCUCGCACGCCAUCGUCUUCCGGCUGAGCAACGGCGUGUACCAGCUCAACUUCUUCGACCACCUGAAGCUCUUCAUCUCGCACAACGGCCUCGUCAUUUCCGCCAUCGAGCCCGCGCCGGCAGACCACGACGGCGACCACGUGCCCAUCCUGCGCAGCUACACGCUCGCCGACCUCGUGGCCAUCGCGCACAGCAGUCGCGCCACGCGCGAGGCGCACGCGGCACAAGACGCGGCCAGCCAAGGCGUGGCAUGCCCCCUGGCGCGCACGCGGCCGGGCGAACGACGCUUUGCGAGAACGCUGGUGCGCAAGCUGCGCUAUGCACACGAGAUUCUCAUGCAGCCAAACGCUCUCGGCUCGGGCCGCCGGCUCGCCUCGCAGGCUCAACUGGCGCAGGAGUGAGCACGGCCACUGGCAACGCACGCCCAGGGCCUCUCUCUGUCCCCCCCUCUCCUCUCUUUCCCCUCAUCACUGUCCUUUCCCACCAUCCUGCAUCCGUCUCGACCCCUCGUCUCAUCCAUCGCGUCCCGCCGCAAAUACUGACUUGCCAGGGCGAGCAAUCCCUUGUCCCCGCACCUGGCCCUCUGCCUUUCUGUUCAUGUCCUCUUCUCGGCUCCUCUCAGAGCAACGUCUGCCUACAGAAACAUAGCCCUACAGCAGCGCCCGUCGCAUCCCUUCAUCUCGGAAGACCUCACGUCCCGUCCAAUGCACAUCCUUACCCCGUCCGC